UAGUUCUAUUACCGAACACCACGUGGCGUUUUGUCGUAAAAGAUGGUUCAUUGCUUGCGAGUGAAAUGUGUGAUUCACGAAUAGGCUUGGUCUUUUAAUAAAUUUGAUUUUUUACGAAAGAUCGAAGGCAUAAUGGACGGACAAGGAAGGCAAGUCAUUAUAUGCGAUAAUGGAACGGGAUUUGUUAAAUGUGGCUAUGCUGGAUCAAAUUUUCCUGCAUUUACAUUUCCUUCAAUGGUUGGAAGGCCUAUAAUUAGAGCAGCUCAUAAAAUUGGAGAUAUAGAAGUCAAGGAAAGUGCAGCUGACAAUCAUGAUCUAAUGGUUGGAGACGAAGCUAGUAAAUUAAGAUCUAUGCUUGAAGUUGCUUAUCCGAUGGAGAAUGGUAUCGUGAGAAACUGGGAAGACAUGUGUCACAUAUGGGAUUAUACCUUUGGACCAUCAAAAAUGAAUAUUGAUCCAAAGAAUAGCAAAAUUCUCCUUACUGAACCACCAAUGAAUCCAGUAAAAAAUAGAGAAAAAAUGAUAGAGGUGAUGUUUGAGAAAUAUCAGUUUGCUGCUAGUUAUGUAGCCAUUCAAGCUGUUCUUACUCUUUAUGCGCAAGGUUUAUUAACUGGUGUAGUAGUUGAUUCUGGUGAUGGAGUUACUCAUAUCUGUCCUGUGUAUGAAGGAUAUGCACUGUCUCACUUAACUCGAAGACUAGAUAUUGCCGGACGGGACAUAACAAGAUAUUUAAUAAAAUUACUGUUAUUGCGGGGUUAUGCUUUCAACCAUUCGGCGGAUUUUGAAACAGUUCGUAUGAUCAAAGAGAAACUUUGUUACAUCGGUUAUAAUAUUGAACAAGAGCAAAAACUUGCUUUGGAGACAACGUUUUUGGUAGAGUCAUACACUCUACCGGACGGCAGAGUGAUCAAACUGGGAGGAGAGAGGUUCGAAGCCCCGGAAGCCCUGUUUCAACCCCACUUGAUAAACGUAGAGGGACAAGGAAUUGCCGAACUAGUAUUUAAUACAAUCCAAGCAGCAGAUAUUGAUAUCAGGCCAGAAUUAUAUAAGCAUAUCGUUCUAUCCGGAGGAUCUACCAUGUAUCCCGGUCUUCCCAGUCGUCUGGAAAGAGAAAUUAAGCAGCUGUAUCUGGAAAGAGUACUAAGAGGAGAAACGGAAAAAUUAGCCAAAUUUAAAAUACGCAUCGAGGAUCCUCCCAGAAGAAAGGACAUGGUGUUCAUUGGCGGUUCGGUCCUUGCCGACGUCAUGAGAGACAAAGAAAGUUUCUGGAUGUCCAGGCAAGAGUAUCAGGAGAAGGGCAUGAAGGUUUUAGAGAAAUUGGGCGUUAGGGCUACAUAAUGGGAAAUUACUGUUUACCACCAGCAUUUAGAUCUCAUUUUUUAUAAUGAAACAUUAAAUAUUCAGCCACGGACAUUACCGUGUUUAUUAUUCGAUAUCUGUUCGGUAUAUGUUUCCCAGUGCUACUUUUUUUUAUUAGUUUUUUUUUUAUAUUCACAUUUAUGUUCACGUAUAGAUCUGAUUUUUUUUCUAUGUGUACCGGUGUUCUUUUUUUACGUGUAAGUAAAACGACCCAUUUAACUUUUGUAUAGCUGUGCCAAUUGGAACUUGCAAGCUAUUUUUUACAAUAGUGCUUAAACUUUAACCAUCUAAUAAUGUUAACAUCUAAAAAUUAUUAGCAAUAACUUAUUUGUGCAUAUUUGGAAGUAAAGAAUUUUUUAAUUAAUUGUUUCAGAUUCAAUUUAUUUUUUCCA